AGGAAGCGGAUCUCCGAGCUGGAGAGGCGGCACCCACCCCCAGCACAGAAAGUCGUGGGAGCGGCGGCAGCAGCAGCAGCGGCGGCGCCAUGGUGGAUUACAGCGUCUGGGAUCACAUCGAGGUGUCCGACGAUGAAGACGAGACUCACCCCAAUAUCGACACCCCCAGUCUUUUCCGAUGGCGGCACCAAGCCCGAGUUGAACGGAUGGAACAGUUCCACAAGGAGAAAGAGGAAAUGGACAAAGGAUCCCGGGAUUGCAAACGCAAGUUAUCCGAGUGCCAGAAGAAAAUAAAAGAACUUGCGUUGACCAACGUAGAGAGUAGCAAAAAUGAGCUGCUGAAGUUACAGGCUGAGAUGCAGCAACUCAAGAAAGAAGAAAAGAGCUGGGACAAUAAGAUAGAAGAACUCAGGAAGAAGGAAAAGAACAUGCCCUGGAAUGUUGACACUCUUAGCAAAGAUGGCUUCAGUAAGAGUGUCUUCAAUGUCAAAACUGAACAAGAUGAGGAAUCUGAAGAACAAAAAGAGAAGAAGCACAAAACAUUUGUAGAAAAAUAUGAGAAACAAAUCAAGCACUUCGGAAUGUUGCGGCACUGGGAUGAUAGUCAGAAAUACCUGUCUGAUAAUGCACAUCUUGUUUGUGAAGAGACAGCCAAUUAUUUGGUCAUCUGGUGUAUUGAUUUGGAAGUAGAAGAGAAACAUGCCCUGAUGCAACAGGUAGCCCAUCAGACCAUAGUGAUGCAGUUCAUUCUAGAGCUGUCUAAGAGCCUGAAGGUUGACCCUAGAGCUUGCUUCAGACAAUUUUUUGCUAAAAUCAAGACAGCUGACCAGCAGUACAUGGAAGGUUUUAAUGAUGAACUGGAAUCCUUCAAGGUCCGAGUACAGGAGCGGGCUAAGGCACGCAUUGAAAGAGCUAUGAAAGAAUAUGAAGAAGAAGAGCGGCAGAAACGGCUGGGGCCAGGGGGCCUUGAUCCAGUAGAAGUGUAUGAAUCUCUCCCACAAGUGAGUAAUGCAAGGAAACUUUUGCAUCUUUCAGAAUUACAUGAUCCUUUUGUUUCACCAUGUGUUUAUAUCUGCAUAUUUGAGUAACUAACAAAUAUAAAA